CUCAAUAUGGAUAUCAUCUUAGAUAUUGUUUCUAGUUCAAUUGGAUUUUACUUUUGUUUGGGAUAUUUCCUAAUCUGGCUAUCAAAUACUAUUGCUGAUCACUUGAAGAAGAGAAGAGUCAGUCAGUAUCAUUCGCUCAGGGCGAAGGAGAGGCUUAAGUUCAGAGAUAAAUUCCUUAGAGAGUUUAUUCAAGAAAAUGAUUUCCCAAGUGACAACAGGAGAGAGCAUAUUCUCAAUGAUUACAAGGAUCUGAAAUCUUUAAGAGAAGGACUCGACACAGGCAAGAUCGCAAGUAUUGAGUUAGUUAUGACUUAUAUUUACGAGAGUGCCAAUAAGAGCCACAGGCUAGGAGCCCUAGCUGAUAUCAACUACAAGUAUGCCAAGAAGAUGGCAAUGGAGCUAGAUCUUGAGCUUCAGGAAGGGAGGAUCAGAGGUCCUCUUCAUGGCAUUCCUAUCAGUCUUAAGGAUGAGCUUACCCUAGAAGGCACUCUCUCUACAAACGGUCUCAUUGCUUUAUCCGAUAACCUUCAGUUGACAGAUGGGUGUGUCGCAAGAGUCAUUAAAGAGAUGGGAGGUAUCCCAUUUGUCAAGAGCAAUGUUCCCCAACUACUGAUGAUCCCUGAAACUGACAACAAUAUUUUUGGCCUUGCUUGUAACCCCAGAGAUCCUGACAGAACUCCUGGUGGCUCAAGUGGAGGGGAAGCAGCCCUGAUAGCUUCAAGAGGAUCUCCAGCAGGAAUAGGAACGGAUAUUGGAGGUAGUAUUAGAAUCCCAGCUGCUUUCUGUGGCCUCUAUGGGUUCAAGCCAUCUGCAAUGAGGACUACUUUCAAAGGAAAUGCUCCUCUAAACCAUGAGUAUGACGAUGAUCCUUAUAUUGCUGUGUUCCCAGUCUCAGGCCCUCUUGGAAGAUCAGUUGAUGACCUAAUCAUUCUCCAGAAAGGUAUGAUUUCUCCUUCUGUAUGGGAGGAAGAUGUGUUUAUGCCACCGAUUCCAUUUGAUGAUGAUAUCGUUGAGGAAUACUCCCAGCUGACCAAGAAGAUAAAGAUAGGAUACAUGAAAUCUUUUUGGUCAUACAAACCCACAGACCCAGCACUUGCUGCUAUUGAUAAAACCAUAGAUUUGCUCAAGAAGGCAGGCCACGAAGUUAUCGAGAUGGAUGCAGAUCUACUCUAUGAAAUCCCAGAAAUUUACGGAAGAACUGUAUUUUUAGGUGAUGAUAUGGUCUCUAAAAAUCUGAAGGGAGAGAAGCCUCUUCCUCACUAUGAAUUACUCACAAUGGUAGGAUACAUUCCAGCCUUCUUGAAACCUGUUGUGAUUUGGGUGCUCUCACUAUUCGGGAUGGCAAGAGAAAGCACCUUGCUUAAAUACUCAGACAACAAGGACUUGGAAAGCCUUCAUAUUGGAUGUCUUAAAAAGUUGAAAGUUUGUGACAACCACAUGGAGUAUUGGAAAGAAAAUGAUUUAGAUUGCAUGAUACUCCCUGCAACUGGGAUGCCUCCUUUGAAGCACGGUCAGUCUGCAGAGCUUCUCCCUGCCUUUAUCUACACAGCCAUGCUUAAUGCACUGGAUUAUCCGGCUGGAGUAAUUCCUGAUGUUAUCACUAUUAAGGAUGAGCACCUUGCCAGCACCUAUACUGACCCAGUUUUUGGAGAAGAUGAAUCUGUGAAAGCAACCAGAGAGUGUCUCGAAGGAUCCAAAGGACUUGGAAUGGCCAUACAGGUAGCUACUUUGACUGGAGAAGAAGAGAAGUGUCUAGGAAUCAUGAAGCAUAUUGACACUCUUCUUAAGAAAUAA